GCCUGGUGGCUAGCAAAUCAUCCUGAUUUUCCUAAUCUCUCCCAGCUUGCCUUUGAUACCUCUUGUGUUCCGGCGAUGUCUGCAGAAGUAGAACACGUAUCUAGUAGGUUUGGAGUCCUUUCAGUUUAAUUUUUAUUUCUGUAUUUAUACUUUAUUAAUAUGCUUCUAGUACAAAAAUCACAAUUACUGACUGCAGAAACCGACUCAGAGAAGACAUCAUUGAGGCUGGCAAGUAUCAAAAGUCCUGGGCACAAGCAGGUCUUAUUCCGUUCCAAGAUGCUUUUGUGAUUACCUCCUCUUUAGAGGAACUUGAGAAUCAAGCAUUGAAUAUAGAAGUCCGAUAUGUUGGAGGCCGUCUUCUCCUCGAUUCCUCCAGUGAGGAACAACAAUUACCAAUUAUAGCGAAAUAG